CUCUACAUUUUCUCCUUAUUCCCUCCAUUUCUACUUUCUGAAACCACAAACGAAAAACCUCCAAAAAACCCCUACGCGGAGUUAAUCUUCAGAGUUAUGAGCAGCUGGCGUACUCUUCUUCUGAGAAUCGGAGAUAAUUGCCCUGAAUAUGGCGGAACUUCCGAUUUCAAAGAUCACAUUGAAACAUGCUAUGGCAUACUUAUGCGGGAGCUGGACCAUUCCAAAGAUGACAUUUUGACAUUCCUUCUCCAAUGUGCUGAACAACUGCCUCACAAGAUUCCUUUGUAUGGUACAGUGGUUGGAUUGUUGAAUCUGGAAAGUGAGGAUUUUGCCAGAAAAGUAGUGGAGGAUACUCAAACUAACUUGCAGGAUGCUUUACAUUCAGGAAAUUGCAACAGAAUUCGUAUCUUGAUGCGGUUUCUGACAAUGCUGAUGUGCAGCAAAGUGCUCCAGCCAGGGUCGAUAAUUGUUGUCUUCGAAACACUAUUGUCAUCCGCUGCCACAACAGUAGAUGAAGAAAAUGGAAACCCUUCUUGGCAAGCACGUGCAGACUUUUACAUUACUUGCAUCUUGUCCUGUCUCCCAUGGGGAGGACCAGAGUUGAUUGAGCAAGUCCCUGAAGAAAUUGAGAGAGUUAUGGUUGGGAUAGAGGCUUACUUAAGCAUCAGAAAACAUGCCUGUGAUACUGGGUUCUCGGCUUUUGAGUUUGAUGAUGAAAACAAGAAAGUUCAUGGUGAAAAGGAUUUCUUAGAAGAUCUAUGGGAGAGGAUACAAGCUUUAUCUAGUAAUGGGUGGAAUCUUGAUAGUGUUCCCAGGCCUCACCUUUCAUUUGAAGCUCAGCUAGUUGCUGGGAAGUCGUAUGAUUUGGGUCCUAUUAGCUGCCCUGAGCAACCAGCUCCUCCUUCUGUACUUUCUGGGGUCACUUGUGGUAGACAAAAGCAUGAAGCUGAAAUGAAUUAUCCUCGAAGGCUGCGAAGGCUUAAUAUUUUUCCUGAAAGCAAAAUUGAGGGUCAGCAACCGAUAGAUCGCUUCAUUGUGGAGGAGUAUUUGCUGGAUGUGCUCUUCUUCUUUAAUGGCUGUCGCAAAGAAUGCGCAUCAUUCAUGGUUGGUCUCCCAGUGCCCUUCCGAUAUGAGUACCUUAUGGCGGAGACAAUAUUCUCUCAGCUGCUUUUACUGCCUCAACCACCAUUCAAGCCAAUUUACUAUACGCUGGUUAUUAUCGACCUCUGCAAGGCUCUUCCUGGGGCUUUUCCAUCCGUUGUGGCUGGAGCAGUUCGUUCACUUUUCGAGAGAAUUGCUGAUUUGGAUAUGGAAUGUAGAACACGGUUGAUCCUGUGGUUCUCGCACCACCUAUCAAACUUUCAGUUCUUUUGGCCAUGGGAAGAGUGGGCUUACGUAUUAGAACUCCCAAAAUGGGCACCACAACGAGUGUUUGUUCAAGAAGUAUUGGAGAGGGAAGUCCGUCUAUCAUAUUGGGAGAAAAUCAGGCAGAGCAUUGAAAGUGCCCCUACGUUGGAGGAUUUGCUUCCCCCUAAGGGUGGCCCAAACUUCAAGUACAGUGCAGAAGAUGGUAGUGAAAAAGCAGAAGCACAUGCAUUUUCUGUUCAACUCAGCAGCAUGGUGAAAGGGAGGGUAACAUCCCAGGAGAUUAUUUCUUGGGUUGAAGAGAGUGUAAUCUCAGUUCAUGGCUUUACAGUUGCACUUGAAGUGGUUAUUCAAACCUUUCUUGACAUUGGAUCGAAAAGUUUCACUCAUUUGAUCACCGUAUUGGAGAGAUAUGGCCAAGUAAUUGCUAAGUUGUGUCCUGAUCUGGAUAAGCAAGUGAUACUGAUAGAUGAAGUCAGUUCGUACUGGAAGAACAAUGCUCAAACAAAGGCUAUUACCAUCGACCGAAUGAUGGGUUACCGGCUUAUAUCUAAUUUGGCCAUAGUAAACUGGGUUUUCUCCCCACCUAAUGUCGAGCAGUUCCAUUCAUCAGAUCAUCCAUGGGAGAUUCUUAGGAAUGCAGUCGAGAAGACAUACAAUCGUGUAUCUGAUCUAAGGAAAGAAAUUUCAUCCCUUGAGAAGGCUGUUCUAUCAGCUGAGGAAGCCACAGCAAAGGCUAAAACUGACCUAGAAGCUGCUGAGUCAAAACUUACAGUUGUUAAUGGUGAACCUGUAAUGGGUGAAAACCCUGCAAGAAUGAAGCGUCUCAAAUCAUAUGCCGAGAAAGCAAAAGAGCAUGAAGUCUCCAUAUGUGAUUCUUUAGAGGCAAAGACCGCCCUCCUCACUCGAGCCCUUCAGGAAAAUGAGGCAUUGUUUGUGUCUAUGUAUAAGAGCUUCUCAAAUGUGCUUAUGGAACGACUGCAUCAUGCGUCUUUAGAUGAAAAGAAGGGGGUUGUACUGUCUGAUCAGCUGGAGACAAUGGCUGUGGACUCUGAAGAACCAUCAGCAAUGGAGGUGGACAAAGAGAAUGGAAGGCCAGAGAAAAGUCUGGCCAAUGGUGAGAGAGAAAGGAACAGCUAUAAAAUGGGAGAAAAUCAGCAAUGGUGUAUAUCAACUUUGGGUUACAUCAAGGCCUUUUCAAGGCAAUAUGCUACUGAGAUUUGGCCUCAUGUUGAGAAGCUGGAUUCUGAGGUAUUUACAGAGAAUGCCCAUCCACUUUUCCGCAAAGCUGUCUUUUCUGGUUUGCGUCGGCCAAUCCAUGAAGAGUGAUCAGAGUGUGCCAGUGUGUGUCAAGGAAAGAGCUUGAUCAAGUUGAUUCUUCAAGAAAACCUAUAAACACAUCGAAAGAAAUGUUAAAUGUACUCUCCGCAGCAGCAGCAACAAGAUGGACAUGGUUUUUUGGAGUUCGA